AUGGAUGAAAAAAAAAAUUUGUUUAGGAAAUUUUCCGAUUUCAUGAAUCAAAAUAUUCGAGGUGUUCAGUAUGGAAUAUAUUCUGUUGCUGGACUCGGAUUAUUGAUAGCACUUCGUAGUGUUCGUCCAUUUGCAAAAUUUACUUUACCAUCUGACAUACCAAAACAUUUCAUUGUUAAAAAAAUGCCAUUCGUUGGUAAAGUAAUUAGAGUCGAGCCUAGUCUAACAACAGGUUCGAACCCAUUAUUAUUAGUCGAUCAUAAACCUUUAGUUGUGUUGCCGAAAAACAUAAAUAUAACAAGCAAUGGUUUUCUUUGGUUGCAAAGUUUAUUGACAAACGAAGAAAUAACAUUUGUACCAUUGAGAACAAGUUCGGACAAAGUGUAUAGCAUUGUACAUAGAGAUGUGCUUUCACCCAUCGAUACGAAUUUAGAAAAAGAUCAAUAUUAUGUUAAAUAUUAUAAAAAUUUAUUGUCUGCAGAAAGAAAAGCAGAAUUGAAAGGAGUCGGAGUUUGGUAUAAUAAUAAAUUACCAUUAUAUGCUCAAUUAAUAAAUAGAUUUAAAAGUAUGCUACCAUAUUGGGUUAUUUAA